AAUCGACUUGUUAUCUCAUCUACUGGCUCUUAGUGGUAUACACUAUGGUUCACGUUGUGUUGUCUUCGAGCAGUGUUUGGGUUUGCUAACGUCUGCAGUGAUAACACGUUUGGGUGGAUCAGGAGCCUGUAUCCACCUACAUCGUGGGAAUAUAGCACAAGCAAUUCCAUGUGUUGAUAGUAUGGAUUUUGAUAAAGAGAUUAGUUCAGUAUUUUUGCCGUUAUGCAUCUCCAGUUUGUUGGAAGAGUCCAUGAAGGAAAUUGAAGAGCCCGUGAAUUUUGUUGCAAAAAAGUUUAUCACAGUGGAAACAUCUGAUGAAAAACAGGAAGAAAUAAUGGAAAUGGAUGAAGAGAAACAACUGUCCAAUAAGGAUGAAAGAAUAACAAAACAACAGAAAAAGGAAAACGACAUUGCAUCUAGAAACGAUAACGGGCAGGAUUCAUCAGCGAUUACUGAUAGUUCAUUAGAAAGAAGAGCAGAAAGACAACGUUUGCAGAGACAGGCGUGGCAGUUAAUGCAAAGUGGUGAAAUUGAAAUAUUAUUUAUUGCUAGUAAAAAUAUCAAUCCGAUAGAAAUUUUGGAAAGGACGUGGUCAUCUUUGCGACUCUCAUCAACAAUUGUUAUUUAUUGUCCAAUUGCUGAGCCACUAUAUUCUGCAUAUUAUUGGUUAAAAGCAAAACAUGCGGUACAAGUGCACAUUGUAGAUGCUUUUUAUCGUAGUCAUCAGGUCAUGCAGGAUCGUUCGCAUCCGAUUAUGCAACAGUUUAUCACUGGCGGUGUCAUUCUUUCAGCAGUCAAAGUGGAACAACGAUGA